AGUCGUCUAGAACAGUUAAAACAUCGCGAGAAGAUUGCGAGAUUCACAGGAGGGCUCCCGCAUCAAGCAAGCGCCGGCUUCCAUCGUGCGAACGGCAGAUAACACUGAAGUGGAUAAUGUAUUGAAAUAUUUGUAUAGGUCCGGGUUUCAAGUUAUUCAAUAUUUUUUUAUACAUCGUUGUCGAGUUUGCGCAUCGGGUUGCUGUUUUAUUGUUUUAGAGCACAUCAAUCCAUUUAUAGUUAGGUAUUUUCUUAAGAGAUAUCUAGCUAGCAAACGUUUCACAUUAUCAAUUAGCUAAAGCUACAGUGAAAGAUGUCAGUGGUAGGGUUUGAUGUGGGUUUUCUGAGCUGCUAUGUUGCUGUUGCCCGAGCCGGAGGCAUAGAAACCAUAGCCAACGAGUACAGCGACCGAUGUACACCAGCAUGCGUGUCCUUUGGACCCCGCAAUCGCUCUAUAGGUGCGGCAGCUAAAAGCCAGGUUGUCACAAACUGUAAGAACACAGUGCAGGGCUUCAAACGUUACCAUGGCAGGGCCUUCUCCGACCCCUACGUGCAGUCCGCCAGGUCCGGCCUCGUCUACGAGCUGGCCCAGAUGCCCACGGGGACGACCGGCAUCAAGGUGAUGUACAUGGAGGAGGAGAAGGUGUUCAGUAUUGAGCAGGUGACCGCCAUGCUGCUGACCAAACUGAAGGAGACGGCGGAGAGCGCCAUGAAGAAGCCCGUGGCCGACUGCGUCAUCUCGGUACCCUGCUUCUACACGGAUGCAGAAAGGAGGUCAGUCAUCGAUGCGGCCCAGAUCGCCGGGCUCAACUGCCUGAGGCUCAUGAACGAGACCACCGCAGUGGCGCUGGCCUACGGCAUUUACAAGCAGGACCUCCCGGCGCCCGAGGAGAAGCCCAGGAUCGUGGUGUUUGUGGACGUGGGCCACUCUGCGUACCAGGUGUCAGUCUGCGCCUUCAACAAGGGGAAGCUGAAGAUCCUGGCCCUGGCGUUCGACCCGGAGCUGGGCGGUAAGGACUUCGACGAGCUGCUGGUGCAGCACUUCUGCGAUGAGUUCCGGCAGAAGUACAAGCUGGACGUGCGGUCCAAGCCGCGGGCGCUGGUGCGCCUGUACCAGGAGUGCGAGAAGCUGAAGAAGCUGAUGAGCGCCAACUCCUCCGACCUGCCCCUCAACAUCGAGUGCUUCAUGAACGACAUCGACGUCAGCGGCAAGUUCAACCGCGGCCUGUUCGAGGAGAUGUGCGCCGGGCUGCUGUCCAAAGUGGAGGGGCCCCUGCGCAGCGUCAUGGAGCAGACCAAGCUGAGGAAGGAGGACAUCUACGCGGUGGAGAUCGUGGGCGGGGCCUCCCGGAUGCCGGCGGUGAAAGAGCGCGUCAGCAAGUUCUUCGGGAAGGAGCUGAGCACGACCCUGAACGCCGACGAGGCCGUGGCGCGGGGGUGCGCCCUGCAGUGCGCCAUCCUCUCCCCUGCUUUCAAAGUCAGGGAGUUCUCCAUCACUGACACGGUCCCCUACGCCAUUUCUCUCAAAUGGAACUCUGCCGCGGAAGAAGGUCUGAGCGAUUGCGAGGUUUUCCCAAAGAACCACGCAGCGCCGUUCUCCAAAGUGCUGACCUUCUACCGCAAGGAGCCCUUCUCCCUGGAGGCGUACUACAACACUCCCAAAGAGCCCCUACCCGCCCACCAUGCGACGGCUCGCCAGUUCAUGGUCCAGAAGGUGGUGCCCCAGGCCUCGGGCGAGAGCUCCAAGGUCAAGGUGAAGGUCAGGGUGAACAUCCACGGGAUCUUCAGCGUCUCCAGCGCCUCCCUCGUGGAGGUGCAGAAAUCCGCCGAGGGGGAGGAGCCCAUGGAGACCGAGUCGGCCACGAAGGAGGAGGAGAACAAAAUGCAGGUUGACCAGGAGGAACAGAAGAAUCAAGGCGAUAGCCCAAAAGAGAACGAAGACAAGAAGUCAGAGACUGAGGAAAUGGAGACUACAACAGAAGAGGGAAAGCAGGAGAAGAAGACUGACCAGCCUCCACAAGCUAAGAAACCCAAAGUCAAAACAAAGACCAUCGACCUGCCCAUAGAGAACUCCCUGCACUGGCAGCUAGCCAACGACAUGCUCAACCUCUUUGUUGAGAAUGAGGGCAAGAUGAUCAUGCAGGACAAGCUGGAGAAGGAGCGCAACGACGCCAAGAACUGCGUGGAGGAGUACGUGUACGAGAUGAGGGACAAGCUGCACGGGGUCCUGGAGAAGUUUGUCAGUGAAGCUGACCGCGACACUUUUUCGCUAAAACUGGAGGACACCGAGAACUGGCUGUACGAAGACGGGGAGGACCAGCAGAAGCAGGUGUACAUCGACAAACUGGCCGAGCUGAAGAAACUUGGCCAGCCCAUCCAGGACAGGUUCAUGGAAGCAGAAGAGAGACCGAAGGCAUUUGAGGAACUCGGCAAACAGAUCCAGCAGUACAUGAAGAUCGUUGAAGCCUUCAAGACAAAGGAUGAGUUGUAUGAGCACUUGGAUGAGGCUGAAGUCACUAAAGUGGACAAGACGGUGAACGACGCCAUGAUCUGGAUGAACAGCAAAAUGAACCAGCAGAGCAAGCAGGAUGCCACUGCUGAACCCGUGGUCAAGGUCCGAGAGAUUAGAGCCAAAACGAAGGAGCUGUUUUCCGCCUGCAACCCCACCGUGACGAAACCCAAGCCCAAGGUGGAGCUGCCCAAGGACGAGAAGUCCGGGGAGCAGAACGGCCCGGUAAAUGGACAGGAGAACGCGGAGGCCCAGCCGGCCAGCCCCGAUAAAGGGUCCGCGGCGGGGGGUGCCGGCCAGCCCGCCCCCGAAUCCACGGAAGGCAAGCUGCCGGAGAUGGACAUUGACUAACCCCCCUUCCCCCCCCCCCCUCCUCCAACUCCCUGCUCGCCACGGGUUCCAUAAGGUGCCCGAAAUAUUAGCCCCUUUGACCAUUAUUUGAUGUUAUUUAGGCAGUCUGAUUCUUUCCAGUAAUACUCUCAAUCUGCCAUCAUGGCAUGUUCCUCUUUUUUAUUUUUAUUUUUUUGUUUUGUUUUUUUUUUUUUUUUUUGGUUUCGUUUUAAAAAAAAUGUUAUUUUAUUUAAUUUUUUUUUUUUUAGUUUUUGGUUUGGAAAAUAAAUUUACUGCAUAUCAAUCAGCCUGUUGUGUGACAUCAAGAUGUGAGCGCUGGGUGGAAUCCUGCGCUCUCCUGUGUCGUCGGAACGUCCGGUUUCAUAAAGUUGUUUUUUUCUCAACAUCUCAUCGCCUCAGCUCUUAUUGCCGCUGUUUGAGAAUGUCAGCUCCAGAAGUAAUGAGUAAAUUAGAAAAUAGAGUAAAUUAUAUGUUCAGGUUUAUGUGUUUAUUCCCCCUCCACCCCUUCCUUAAAAGGCACCUAGGGUGGUUCUGUCAGGAAACCCGGUUUUAAAGUGUUUGGAUGGGUUUGGAAAUCUACAUGUUAAGGGGCUGGUGAUUCGAUCUAAUCCAAACACUUUCCCUGGUUUUUUCAUUUCCAAAUCCAUGGUGACUUUUUGUCCAGCAACCUUAAAUGAAUGUCUGCCUCCAAUUAGAUACAUGUUAAUAGAUAAUCGCAAGGUUAAAUUGUCGGAGAGAAGCCCUAUGUGUCCUUUAAGGUCAUGGAAAUGUUGGAUUGAUGUUUGUAGCACUGCAACUUAAAAAAAAAAAAAAAAACGUUAAAUAAAAAAAUUCAAUGUUAAUACUGUAUGGGAAAUGAGCGCAAGAUGGCAGAAAUAUUACGCUAGCAGCUGUUCAUGGAAUGUUGAAUCUGAAAAAUUGUUACUGUAAGACAGUAUUUUUUCAAUGUUUGAAGGCAAUUUCUGGUUGAGCGUAUGACCUUGGUUUAAUAGAACGAUGAAUGGUAGCAUAAGAUACGGUGUUUCCCCCCCUCCCAUUCACCUUAACUAGGUAUCUCUACAAAUGUGGGAGGGGUUAAGGCACAUGUGUAAGACUACUAAGAUCUGUCAGUAAAGGUAGAAAGAAAAAAAAGCAAGUAAAUUUUUUUUUGACUCUGACUGUGGUGAUGGGAUUCCUUUCUGUAGAUCUGUGUGUUGUUUCCCGAACAAAAAGCAUUUCAACUGAACUAUAAAAAAGCGAAACCUGAA